UGAAGAGGAAACUCCCCUGUCAGCUCAGAGUGUCACAACAACGUGAAGCGCAGCCCUCGCGUGCACGGAGCAUCUCCAUCGGACCGAAUACACAAGACUUAACUUUGUUUUUUUUUUUUAAACUCCUUUUAGUGGGUUUUUGUUUUUGAGAAGGAUGUGAAGUUUGGACUUCGUGCGUAAAAGCGACAUUUGGAGACUUUAUGGAUUCCACUUUAAAGAAACUCGGAGGACGUUAAUGGAAACUGUUACUCCUUCAGAAAUGAAAGAGAAGCCUUUACUCGGUGUGAAAGAGUGAAAGUUAUCUUCUGCAGGCAUGAACAACAGCAACAGCAGCAGCGGCGGCGGCGGCGGCGGCGGCGCGUCGGGGAGUUUCCAGCCGCCCACCAUCCCGGUCAUCAUGUUCAUUUUCGGGGUGGUGGGAAACGUAACCGCCAUCGUGGUUCUGCGGAUUUCACGAAAGGAGCAGAAGGAGACGACCUUCUACACGCUGGUGUGCGGCCUGGCGGUGACCGACCUGCUGGGCACCCUGCUCGCCAGCCCAGUCACCAUCGCCACCUACAUGAAGGGCGCGUGGCCGGGCGGGGAGCCGCUGUGCCAGUACUCCGGCUUCAUCCUGCUCUUCUUCUUCUUGGUGCAGCUCAGCAUCGUGUUCGCGAUGUCAGUCGAGAGGUUCCUGGCUAUAAACCACGCGUAUUUCUACAACCGGUACGUGAACCAGAGACUGGCCGCACUGACUCUGCUGGCCAUCUACAUCUCCACCAUCGUGUUUUGCGCGCUGCCCAGCCUGGGGCUCGGACAGGUGAGGCGCCAGAGGCCGGGCACCUGGUGCUUCAUCGACUGGCACAACCACAACGACACGACCUUCAAGACCUUCAACCUGAUGUACGCCGGCGUCAAUGCAGUCGUCGUGCUCUCCACCGUCAUCUGCAACGUGAUGGUGUGCGGCGCUCUGAUCCUCAUGCACAAGCGCUUCAUCCGGCGCACGUCGCUGGGCACGGACCAGAGGCGCAUCGCGGAGCUGCGGCGCAGACGGAGUUUCAGGCGGUUGGCCGGAGCGGAGAUCCAGAUGGUGAUCCUGCUUAUAGCCACCUCCGCUGUCGUUCUCAUCUGCUCCAUUCCUUUAGUGUUGAGGAUCUUUGUGAACCAGCUCGACAAAAACCAGACAGAAGAGCCUUUGGGGUUAAAUAAAGACCUGCUGGCGAUCCGCAUGGCCUCCGUCAACGCCAUCCUGGACCCCUGGAUCUACAUCCUGCUCAGAAAGACGGUGGUCCUCAAGCUCAUGGAGAAGAUCAAGUGUCUCUUCUGCAAAAUGGGCGGACGGGGGCGGAGGGGGGGCGGCCAGUUCCGCUGCGCGGACGGCCCGCUGUCCUCCUCCAUCGUGUCCCGGGAUUCGCCGUCGCUGGUGACGCGGGGGCUGCGGGAAGUCGUCAGCACCUCGCAGACCUUCCUGUACCCGUCCGAGAGCACGGGGACGGUGCAGGCGGGGCCGCCGGGCGACUCCAGCCCACCGGCCGCCGUGGAGACGCCCCAGAGGGGGCUCCUGCAGCCCCAGGCGGAGGACGGCACGGCGAGCCGGGCGCUCCGGGGGCUUCCCAUGUGCCCCAAGGACUCGUCUCUGCAGGUGACCUUCACGGCCGAGACCACAAACAUCCUGGAGAGGUGCAUCUAACCGCCGCCGGCAUGACGGGACUGAGCAGCACAGGAGCGGCCAUGUCUGUAGAUACGGACCAACAUUAUCUAUCAUCUAUGUUACAGCUCACAAUACCACUAUAUACAGUUUAACCGAGGCCCCGUUUACACGACAACACUGCAGGUGAAAACGCGUCGAUUUUACGUUUGCAUGACGACGCUUUGGACAUUCGCAUGGACUGGGAGUCAUGACCCUCCGGAGGAAAACACGGUUGUCAUCCAUCCUCUCACAGAAGCAGCGUUUCCACUGCAAACAUGAAGCGUUUUCGAAAAGUUCCACCGUUUCCAGCGGCUCCGAGCUCCGCUGUCGUGUAAAUGAAAAUCUCUCAUUACCGUGUAAACAAGGCCUCCACCACAAGAGUGAUUUCUCUUCAGAAAAAAAACAAAAAACUCAAAAAACAAGUAUAGGACUCCUCACUGGAGCUCUUCUGUUGCACUUUGUGAAUUUUCAAACCACUUCUCGCCCAUUUGUGUUGUCCUGUAAAUAAUCCAUGUUGAGAAUGUGAAACAGUAUUCCACUUUAUUAACUUAUUUGAAGUGUACGUUUGUACGUCUAUUCUCUUCUCCGUGAGAAGGUCCACAUCCUCUGGAGCCAUUUUAAAUCGGUACAAGAUGAAUAUGUUCACAGUCAUUUCCCCCCCCGCCCUCCUUGGUAUUCGGGACAUUUGCAAACAAUUUGGUCAGUUGGUGGACAAAGCAGUGCGAUUUUACCGCCACCCUUGCAUUUCAUAACAAAAGGCAGCUAUACUGAUGCUUUCUCACCGCGCAGAUGAAAAAAAAUGCUCAUUUACUCUGUUCAGAAUGAAUCCAAAUUGAUCUGAUUCCUUCACAGAGAGGCUGAGACGAUGAAUAAAGUCGCUGUUUGCAUUGAUUUUCAAGUGGAUCUCCUGGUUUAAUAUGACAUUAAUAUGGUGCUGCUAUAAACAUUGGUAUGAAUAUCAAUGCAUGUUCCAGUGUCAGAUCUAUUCAUGUGAACAAAGUGUCGUGCCGAUCUCAUGAACUUAAAAUAAAAGUUGGAAAACUUUGAAGAGUGAUUCUGAACUUUUUGGGGAUUCACACUGUGUCUGGUAAAGGAAACUGAAUUAGAGAAAAAAGGGGAAAAAAUAGUGUUGUGUUUCAGCUGUAUUUUUUUUAUUGUAUAACUCCUAAACAGAGUCAAUGCCACCUGAUGAGAAAAAUAUAAAAAGUAUACUGGAAUAUAUGCACUUUAGAGACAAAAAACACACUAACAGUAUCGAUUUUAAACAAAACGUCUGUAUAACUGUAUAACUGACACAUAAUGAUUGUAUCAGUGUGUUUUAAUUACAGAAAAAAAUCUCCAAACAACACCUUACAUUUAAAAUGUUCACCACAUAUUCAACUGGGUGCCUUAUAAAGCAGGAGUGUGUAUUUUGUGCAAGUCAGAAGCGAAUAAACAAUUAAAACUGUACAGUUUUAGAAAGCGGAAAAGACUGAAAAGACUCAAUGAAAACUGAUGAUGUGAAAAGCAGCAACGCCUGAUCUUAUCCAGUGGUGAAACUGAGCUAAAAAUAAACAUUUCAGUUCCACAAAAGCCAAAGUUUGCAGUUGAGUCGGUGACUUUAUGCUGAACACUGCAAAAAUCGUGCAGCCAUGGCAGCAAAAUGUUAGAAAUACUGUGGCGGGGAAGGUGCCGAGGUGUCAAACUCAUUUCAGUCCAGAGGCCACAUUCAGCCUGAUUCCAGCUUCAUGUUUUGACCCACGGGCCUUAUGUUUGACACCCUGGUUUAAUUUUUGGUGGCUCAUCCAAUUAGGCUGUGGAAGUAACAGAUGUUUGAGCUCUUGCUGUGAAGUACUGAUCUAACUGGAGAAAGCCUGGAAAUGAAAUCCUGAUCGUGAAGGAUCCUCAUUUUUAAGUGGCACUUUCAGAAAUAACAGAGGCGAUUGUUUAUUUUUCUCGCAGGCCACCGAUGUGCUGCCAGAAAACUAUGUCACACAUCAUCCCCAUCUCAGCCCUGAAGAGUGAAGCAGACGUCCAGUCACCCCGACGGCAUGGCAGGGCUCACCUGCACUCACUGACACAUGCUUUCCUCGGGUCCAGAGCCGGGAAAACGACCCCGGGAGAACAAUAACCCCGUUAAAGAGGGAGCGGUGGCCUCAUACCAGGAGAUCUGCUAAAGCCGUGCAGUCUCGGGGGGGGGGGGGGGGGGGGGGGGGGGGAACGGUGACGGAGAAAGCAGCUGCGAUCGGACUGUAGCUGAGGAUGAAGAAGGGGGGAAACCACCCUUCUUUGGCAACUCGCCCUGGUCUUUCCCAACUGGGAAUACUCUACUGAUAACGGAACGCAGCAAAAAAGAUCCAUCAGAAACUGUCACUCAAAGAGGAGCGAGUCUUUAAACUGUCAGAGAAAGACAAGAAGCCACUGAUGUGGAAAAUACGGUCCAAACGUUCACGUGAAAUGAAGCUUCGGCUAACGUCAGGUUUUGCUUCGCCAGAGAACAGAGGAAGCAUCGCGCUGUGUUCUCCACCUGGACAGCCUCACGCGCCUAAUAGAUAAGAUUUAAUUACUGCGAUAUCCUGUUUUCCUGCACAUGGAAUUGAAGUUUAGCUCAUUAUCUUUCUUUGGAAUACAUUCAGGAAAUACCAGAACGGUGUUUCUGCUGUUGCAGCGCUCACGUGAACGGGUGUGGAAUCAGAUUUACUGCUGAAGUCAUUACUCAAUCCAGUUCAGACUGACCGCUUCUGUCAAUCUUCUGAGGAAAUAAUGAAAAAAAAAAAAAAAAAAAAAGGCGAGGGAGG